UAUUAUUCAAAUGGCUUUAUUGUGGUGGUACAUUCUUUAAUUACAGUGAAUAUUUCUAUCUUUUUUCCUACAUCUUAACUGCGUAUAAAGCUAUUUUAAGUGUUAAAUUCAAUUUUUAAUUGUUUUAUUUUCAAUUUUAAGUUGAAAUAUAUUGACAUACACACUUGUAAAUAUAUAUAAAUAAUUAGUUUUUAAUAUUGAGGUUUUAAAUAUGUUCACCAGAAACAAAAUAAGAGGUGGUCGUGGCACUGACACAACACCGCUAAUAAAUGAUUUGCCAGAAGUAGAAAAAAAAAGAGACUUAAUCAGAAAGUGCCUAGAAAGAGCUAUUGAUAUUACGACUAAAGAUGAAGAAAGCAAUAAUGUUCUACAUAUUAUUGCUUCAAUGCCUAAAAAAGAGAAAAUUAUAUGGUUGGCUAAGAUCCCUAAAAAUCAACUCGCAAAAGCAAUAAAUGCUGAGAACAAGAAUGGACAAACUCCUAUGCAAAUAGCAUUUCAUGCUAAAAUAAACAAGAAAAGUCAUUAUCACCGUACAAUCUCCACUAACGAUAGCACACUUAAAUUUAUUGUAGCGUUGUUAAACAAUGGAGCUAAAGUUGAUCAGCUGCAAUUAUCUGAAGAAUACUUAGCAGCACUGUCUAACUCUCAAAAAAACUAUCAUAUUAAUUUUUUAAAAAAACUAGCUAGCAAAUAUAAGAUUACACAAGUGAAUACUAAUAUAACAAAAUGUGAUAGUGGCUUUGAAAGUGGUCCUGAUGACACUGACUCAAUGCCGUCAACACAUGAAAUAAAGACAACAGAACCUAUAUUGACAGAAAAUAAAAGUAAAAAUCCAUAUGCAACAAUACAGGAAACAAAAGAAGGCUUUGACAGUUCAUUAAAAACAAUCAAAGGAAAAAACUUAGCAAAUUUCAAAAAAUACUUGGAAAAAAUUAGUGUGACCACUACAGAUACAGAAGGCAAUAACAUUUUACAUCUCAUUGCUUCAAUGCUUCGCAAAAAGAAAAUUACACGGUUGAAUCUUAUACUUAAAAGUGAGAUAUCCAAGGAUCAACUCGAAAAAGCAAUAAAUGCUGAGAACAAGAAUGGGCUAACUCCUAUGCAAGUAGCAAUAAAUGCUGAGAACAAGAAUGGGUUAACUCCUAUGCAAGUAGCAUUAAGUGCUAAAAUAAACAAGGAAAGUCACCAUCAUAAUACAAUCCCCGAUAGUGAUAAUACACUUGAAUUUAUUAUAAAGUUAUUAAAAAAUGGAGCUGAUCCUAGUCAGUUGCAAUUGUCUGAAGCACUGUCUCAAUCUACACGAAACUAUUAUUAUGAUUUUUUAAAAAAACUAGCUCAAUCUAGCAAAGAUAAGGCUAUACCUAGCAAAGAUAAGAUUAUACACACUAUUGAUCAUAUUAUUUAUGGUCGGUAUCCAUUACACCUAGCAGUUCUUAGGCAAGAUCAAAAUAUGUUUAGUGCUCUCCUCUUAAAAAAUUAUUCUAUUACUAAAAUGGACGCAGAAGGCAAUAACAUUUUACAUCUCAUUGCUUCAAUGCCUAAUAAAACGAAAAUUACAUGGUUGAACCUUAUACCUAAAAAUGGAACAUUUAAUGAUCAACUCACAGAAGCAAUAAAUGCUACAAACAAGAAUGGGCGCACUCCUAUACAAGCAGCAAUAGUGAACAAAAUAACUAAAGAUACUCACAGAACAUUUACAAUAUCUGACAACACUGUAAAUUUUUGUAUAAAACUAUUAAACCACCCUGUGUUAAACAAUGAAGCUAAAUCCGAGGAUUGUCGUCGUCAUUUUGUAUUACCUGGAAAAUAUAGUAGUGAUAGAUAUAUUAAAUUUUUACAAAAAUUGAUCAAAGAUGAAAGAAUAAAUGCAGAUCACACAAAAGAUAUUUUAGGUGAUAUUCUAAAAGAACAAAUAGCUCAACAUCAAGAAAAUAAAAAAUUAAACAAGGGUAUUAAAAAUACUAGGAAUAAUUGCUGGACUAAAACAAAAAAGUGCGGCAAAGUUAUACUGGAUUUUAUUAAUCCAAACAAAACAGUUGAUAGAAUGACUAAAUUAGCAAUAGCUGCCCUCACUGUUGUUGCUGCUUUUUUUACAUUUGUAAUAAUAGCAUUUGCUGCAAUUAAUGGUCAGCUUCCUAUAGCAGCAGCAGUACCUAUAAUGUUAGCAUUUGUGGUUACUCCUAUAGUCAUAAAAUAUUUCCAAAGCAAUAAUGAAUUAGAAAAAACUGAUAACUCUGCUAAAAAUGAAAAGCCUAAUAGUAGGAUGACUGAUAUACUCACUGGCACUUUCAAGAAUGGUGUUAGAGUUCUCAAUUAA